UUCAUCGUGAGUUUCCUCCUUGAAAUGAAUGGGAUUAGACUGGAGGAAAGUGAUAACGAAUGCUAUCAAGCUACAGAGCGGCACAGUCAUUCCGACAUUAGCCACGGAAGUCAGCACCACAUAUUAAGUGAUCACAUCUAUCUUAUCGUUGAUGUUAGUAUCUUCUACCUGGUUGAUGUUCUUGCUUUCUGCUGAAAGAAGACUGAGCGCGGUGGCUAUAGCCAUAUUUUGUAGCUCAUACAUAGUACCCAUACUCCAGGUUGCAACACGAUGCGCGCAAAGUGAUCUUCGUUCUGCGGCGUUUCAUCCUACAGGGGUUUCUUUAAAUUACAUCACGGAGCUUUGGCUGGCGUGCGAUUCUUCCCCCAAAUCUUGUCUGCAGUUGUUGCAAAGAGUGCCCAUAUUGUGCUUUGCAACUGGUGCUGCUCCGGCGAAUCCUCGCUUUAGUAAUCGUAAUAUCGAGGCAAGAUUUGCACGCCGUUGACAGUUCAUACUCUUGCUUUCAAGUUUCGACGCAGGAAGGGUGUUCAUUUUUUUGUACAUAACGGAUCUCAAGCCGAAUUUUGAGAGAUUCUUCAUAGGUGU